AGUCCUCUUCUGCUUUCUUCUUCACUACCAAAUUUCACAUUUGCAUUCUCCAGAAGAAGAAAAUUCGAUCUACCGAUUAGUCAUUGUUUGAUUUCUUCGAGAUGGCUCGUACCAAGCAAACCGCUAGAAAAUCCACCGGAGGCAAAGCACCGAGGAAGCAGCUGGCAACCAAGGCGGCGAGGAAAUCUGCUCCGGCCACCGGAGGAGUGAAGAAGCCGCACAGAUUCCGUCCAGGAACUGUUGCCCUGAGAGAGAUCAGGAAGUAUCAGAAGAGCACAGAGCUUCUGAUCCGUAAGCUUCCUUUCCAGCGUUUGGUUCGUGAGAUUGCUCAGGAUUUCAAGACGGAUCUGAGGUUCCAGAGCAGUGCCGUCGCUGCUUUACAAGAGGCGGCUGAGGCUUACCUUGUUGGUUUGUUUGAAGACACUAACCUUUGUGCGAUCCAUGCCAAGAGGGUUACUAUCAUGCCUAAGGAUAUCCAGCUCGCAAGGAGGAUCAGAGGAGAAAGAGCUUGAAGACUUUUGGAUUAGUUCGUCAAUGGCACUCUAUUUCUGGGACUUUUGAUUUGGGUUUAGUAGUGAAUGGGUUCUUGUAAGCUUGGUUCUUAGAUCCUUUUUAGUUUUCGUUGUUAGGUGCUUUUGUUUAGAUAGUCUUUAAGGUGUUCGACGAAUUAUCCCAGAGAAAGUUUCUCUUGUUUAGUAUAAGCAUAUUCUCCUAAAUCUCUUGAAAUGUUUCAUCUUU